AUGUCUUCUGACUACCAAGGCAUUGCUGCCCUCACGCCUCCAGCGGACCACCACAGCGGCGCUGGCUCCCCCGCCGACUACAGCUCGCCGCAGUAUUUCCAGAGCCCCGCUGCAGAGCCUGCACGCCGCCCGUCCAACGGCCGCACUCUUGUUCCGCUGCCUGCCUUGUGCACGGCAACAUCUCCGAGCACUAUUGCCACGACGUCUUCCACUUCUAGCAGCGGCGGCCCCUGCACGCCUGCAGCGGGCGGCCCUUUAGCCAGGAACUAUGCCAUCCCUCCUCGCCCCAAGCCUGGCCGCAAGCCUGCCACAGAUGAGCCCGCCUCAAAGCGCAAGGCGCAGAACCGCGAGUCGCAGCGAGCUUUCCGAGCUCGUAAGGCAGCCAAGGUGACGGAGCUCGCGGAACAGGUUGAAGAGAUGCAGAAGCAGCACAACCUCGAGAAGAACGAACUCCUCAACGAGAUCAACAGCCUGGCGAAGAGGCUGCACGACGCAGAGAGGGCCUUUGACGAACAGGUCAAAUUCACCAAACACGCCGAGGAGGACCGCGAUUACUGGAAAGAGCAGCAUGACAGUGUGCUCCGCAAUCAGCAAAGUGACAGUGCCCCGAUCAACAGACAGAUCAAUGGCCGUAACGAUGCCACAGCAACUCUUUACCAGCCUGCUGCGUCCAACGGCCACAGAUCCCCUGCUCACCAUUCUGUCAGCAGCUUCCAUGGCUUCGGCACCCCCAUUUCCGAUGAUGUUGCCGGCGGCUGCGGCGACUGCAAACCCGGUGAUUGCGCCUGUAUCAACAAGAUGGCUGAAGACAUGAAGGACAUAGACAGUGCUUUCGAUGCCCCGUAUAUGCCAGCUGUCCCGUUACCUCGUCGCAGCGGUCGGCCAACAAACAGUGGCGACCCUGCACUCUUGUCCGAUUCUUCCGAUGACCUGGAGAUGGACUUUACUGCUACAUUCGCGCGUCCGUCUACUGCGCUUCUCGAUGAGGACCAAAAGCUUCACGACUCUUGCGGCUUUUGCGAGAACGGAGGGCACUGCGUAUGUCGAGAUGCUCGAGAGAAGCUGCAAGCCGAGGCUGAGCUUGCACCUUUGUCGCGCAUGUCCAGCGAUGUCUCAGCACAGAACAAGAAAAUUGCGCCAGGCGGCUGCGCUGACUGCCAGACUGACCCGGCUAGGCGGGCGUGGUGCCUGCGUGUUGCACAACUACGUGAGGAUGGCCACCGGUCAAGACGGAAUUCUGGUCCAAGAAGCCCUCAGUCCUUGGACACCCUGGAGCCACCCGUCGUCUCCAAAAUCGAUAUGAACAUCAGUCGAGCAUCUCCCAUCCCUGGCAAGCGCUCUGUUGGCUGUAGUGAAACUUUCAGACUGCUUGACGGCCGUAUUCCUAUGGAUGAUCCUUCGGCCUGGAGCAAUCUGCGACCAAUGCUGUCAGAUGGACGACGAGAUACAUUCACGAUGGAGCCUCGUGUCUACAGCGCCAUGGAGAUCGAUGCCGCGGAUAUCAUCACUACAAUGCAGAACAGCAGAGGCCCUUUGAAGCCACGUCCAGAAGAUGGCGAGUAUGCACCUCUGGUCACUGCGGCAGAAGAGCGUCGUCGCGCUACCAAUUCUCCCGCGAACUUUCCCAAGGGCGAGCAGCCGACUCCUAUGGAGUUGUGA